AUACUCCCUUGAUGAUCGCGGCUUUUUGUGGCAAGAUGGAGGCCGUAAACUAUCUUUUAGAUAAGGGAGCAGAUGCGUCUUUGAAAGGCUCGUAUGGAAGGAACUUACUGCACGGGGCUUCCUAUGGUGGUAAUGUCGCCAUCAUCGAAACAAUGCUGUCACGUGGUUUUGAUAUCAAUUCAAAAGAUAGUCAAGGUAAUACUCCCUUGAUGAUUGCGGCUUUGAUUAGCAAGAUGGAGGCCGUAAAGUAUCUUUUAGAUAAGGGAGCAGAUGCGUCUUUGAAAGGCUCGUAUGGAAGGAACUUACUGCACGGGGCUUCCUAUGGUGGUAAUGUCGCCAUCAUCGAGACAAUGCUGUCACGUGAUUUUGCUAUUAAUUUAAAAGAUAGUAAUGGUAAAACUCCAUUGAUGAUCGGGGCAGCUCAUGGUAAAGCUGAAGCUGUGGAGUAUCUACUCAGCAGGGGAGCACGUUAGAGUUCUACUUUAUAUUUAUAUUGCCGUCAUUUUUAAGACGGCAGAUUAGCGGUUAGUUUUUACAUGUUUAAUGUUGUGGUAAAAUUAGUGAGAAAUUUUGUUAACUUGUGUAGAGUUUCAACCCACAUAUUAAGGUUUCUAAGAGUGUUCCUCUAACAGCUGUUUUGGCUCCUCAAGGAGGAUCAGAUUUAUGAACUCAUUAUUCACUUGAAUGGAAUAUUAAAAGUUGACGCAACAAUGA